ACGGAGCUUGCGAGCAACACUUGGGGCAAGCGGAGACGAAACGGCCAGCGCGAAUAAAACCCACGGCAAAUAAAAAAAAAAGAAAGAAAAACCCAAAAAAAAUUUUGAAGAAAAUUGCAACACAAAGUUAACAAAAAUCGAAGCGCGAAGGCGCACAAGGCGAACCUAGAAGUGAGGUUGAGGCAGAAGCUCAUAUAAAUAUUAAACGAACAUAAGAUAAUUCAAAAAUCAAAAAAAUAUGGCGGCCGUUGAAGUGAGAAAUGGUUAUAAGUACUAUGGCUCCAAAUCGAAUCCCAAGAUUGUGCUCAAUCAGCUGAAUAUGAAUGUGAUGCGUGGUUCCAUUUAUGGCUUACUGGGUGCCUCAGGUUGUGGCAAAACUACGCUGCUUUCGUGCAUUGUGGGUCAAAGGUGUCUAAAUGGCGGCGAGGUUAACGUGUUGGGUGUUAAGCCCGGUCUACCUGGCAGUGGAGUGCCGGGAUCUCGUGUGGGUUUUAUGCCUCAGGAAAUAGCUCUGGUCGGGGAGAUGACAGUAAAGGAGACAGUUUUCUAUUUCGGUCGCAUUUAUGGCCUAACAGAUGAACGUAUACGUGACAAGUUCAAGACAUUGAAGGACUUAUUGCAAUUGCCGCCAGCCCGACAAAUGGUCAAGCAAUGCAGUGGUGGACAACAGAGACGUUUGUCCUUUGCCUGCGCCAUGAUUCAUGAUCCUGAAUUAUUGAUUUUGGAUGAGCCGACAGUGGGCUUGGAUCCCAUGUUGCGUGAGAAAAUCUGGGAUUUUCUUGUGGAAACUACCAGAAAUAGCAAACUGGCUGUGAUUAUUACCACACAUUAUAUUGAGGAAGCCAAGCAGGCUAAUUGUAUUGGCCUCAUGCGUAAUGGCGUUCUUCUGGCAGAAGAUACGCCUACAAAUAUCAUGAUCAAAUUUGGCACCCAAUCGAUUGAAGAUGCCUUUCUAAUACUCAGUCAAAGGCAGGGCAAUGAAGAUGAGUUAGUUCAGAUAUUGGAUCAAAAUAGAAAUCAAGCCUCAGUACCAACAGCUACGCUGCCUACGGAAGUGAUAGAUACCCAUGAACCAAAUACAAUGGAGAAACCACCAUUUCGACAUGAAGUAGUAGAAAGUGAAAAUCGUAAAAAGAUAUUCUUUACGACAAAAGGAACAAUUAAGGCCUUGAUGACUAAGAAUUUUGUGCAAUUAUUUAGACAGCCCUCGGGCUUCAUCUUUAUGCUGUUCUUUCCCAUUAUACAGUUAUCUACCUUCUAUUUGGCCAUUGGUUUAACACCCAAAGAUCUAAAUUUGGGCGUCUUUUCGGGCGAAGUAAAGAGCUACAGUGAAUGUUUUGACGAUAAUUUGAUUACAGUGUUUAAUGCCAAUGACAGUUGUCAGUUUAACAAGCUAUCGUGUCGUUUUAUACAAGAAUUGGACGACGAUGUUGCCACUCGAAAAUAUUAUGCCACCGAAUCGGAAGCAUUGAAAGAUGCCAAACGCGUCAAUACCGUGGGCUAUAUACAUUUUGCGCAUAAUUUCAGUGAAUCGCUAUAUGCAUUAAUGGAAGAUGGUAUUCAUGCCCCUGAUGGAGCUGUGGACAAUGCCGAAAUCGGUGUUCACAUUGAUAUGACGGAUCAACAAGUGGCCUUCUUUAUGCAGCGUAAAUUACGCGAUAAAUUCAGCAAUUUCAUGGAGAAGGUGGUGGAGGAAUGCAAUGCAUCAAAGGCUUUGGUGGAGUUACCCGUACAAUUUCAGGAUCCUAUCUACGGAAGUAAUGAUAUUGAGUUUCAACAAUAUUGCGCUCCUGGUGUGGUAAUGACGAUGGUCUUCUUUUUGGCUACCUUAAUGACAGCUACUGUCUUCAUUUCGGAACGCAUGGAUGGCAUUUGGGAUCGAACUUUGUUAGCUGGAGUUUCGGCCACUGAAAUGCUUUGGGCACAUUUGCUAACUCAAUUGAUUAUAAUGACUUUGCAAUCAUUUGAAGUCAUCAUGUUUAUAGGACUUGUGUUUGAUACGUACAAUAAAGGAGAUACGAUGACUCUAAUCGGUUUACUAACAAUGACCGCCUUCUGUGGCAUGCUGUUUGGUCUUUUUAUAUCCGUAUUCUGUAAAACACACACAGAGGCCAAUUUUGUGGCCACAGGAGCCUUUUAUCCCAUGAUUAUACUUUGCGGACUUCUUUGGCCUUUGGAGAGUAUGCCAGGUUUCUUGCAAGAUUUGGUUAUGGUGUUACCAUUUACGAUACCCUCGAUAUCGGCAAGAAAUGUUAUAGAGAAAGGAUGGAGCAUCACCAAUGAGAAGGUCUACAAUGGUUUUCUUGUUAUGGCCGCUUGGACCAUAAUAUUCUUUGCUCUCUGUCUGGUGGGAAUCAGACGUAAGGCGUAGGGCUUUUUCUGAAUUUUCUAUUUGGGUUGUUCUUCAAAUUUUCAUUCGGGGACUUUUUUUAUUUUGAAUAAGUAGUAGAUGUAUUUGCAUUUCUCUAUUAGUACCUUAAAUAAUAAUUUAAUAAUUAUUUGAAGCAUAUCACUCGCAUGUUGUAGACUCGCUCAUCAAUCCCAUCUCAUCCAAAAAAAACAAAAACAAACACAUUAAUCAAACGAACAAGUGCAACACUAAAUAGUGCCCUCAGAGGUCUAUGGUAAAAUUAAAAUAAACAUAUGGUCUUAAGGGUGUUUCACAAGAAAAUAUUUAUAAAAUCACAAAAAUGUGCACAAAAUAUUUUAAAUUUUAAUUACGGAGCAAUAAUUAAAGUUUUUAGUACCACAAAUAAAUUGCUUUGAAUUGAAUGUACAUAAAAAGCCCUGAACAACAUAGGCAAUAUAUAAUACCUAUACAUAUAAACCCAUAAUUAAUGAACUAUACAAAUUGUUAAAGAAUUUAGAGCAAGUUGUACUAAAAAUGUAUGAAAAUCGAAUAUUUGCAAAGCAACCAAAAAUACAGAAAUUAA